AUGCCUGUAGAGACGCUCUCAACCAGCAACAGAUUUGCAGUAGGUCGUUUUCCAACUGUCACUUUUGGUUUUGAGGAGGACACAAAGGAGGGAAAGGAAGAACCAGAAGAAGACAACCCUGAGAAAGAAAAUGGAUGUCGUCGGUGGUUUCGCAAGGUCUGCCCGUGCUGCUGCCCCAAGCCAAAUGACGAUGACAUCACAGACACUCUGGUUACAGGGGUUGAUGAUGGGGACAAGGAUGACGGGACGGACGGCGAGAAGCCUGGGACUGGGGAUACCGAGCUAGAUGAACUCCUCCUCAAGGUGCGAUCAAUAGACCUCAUGAAAAGCAAAUCAGGGCAGAACCGCUUGGAGCAUCACACGAAUCUGUACCAGAGUGAUGAUUUCAUUAUCCGCAGAGGGCAGACUUUCCUGAUGUGGAUUACUCUGUCUCGACCUCUUAACCCCAACACUGACAAACUUCACCUCGAACUUAAAACAGGACCGCUGCCAGCUGUAUCAAAAGGAACCCAUGUAAUCAUCCCUUUGGUGGAAGACUUGGAGGAAGAUGACUGGGAGGCUUCUAUAGUGGAGCAGAAUGACAAAAGGAUAAAGCUGUCAGUCUAUUCACCACCUACGGCAGUCACUGGCCGAUACAAACUCAUGGUGGAUACCAGUUGCCCGAACGGUCAUGCCACUUCCACACAUGACCCUACUAAUGACGUCUACAUGCUGUUCAACCCUUGGUGUGAAGAUGAUGCAGUGUUCAUGGAUGAUGAAGAUGAGAGGAAGGAGUAUGUCCUGAACGAUGUUGGGCGAAUAUACUAUGGCACUGAAAAUCAAAUUGGAGAGAGAACAUGGGACUAUGGACAGUUUGAUGAUGGGAUUCUUGCUGCUUGCCUCUUUGUCCUGGAAAAGAGCGAGACUCCUCCAUCUGGUUGGGGAGACCCGAUUAACAUUGUGAGAGUCAUCUCAGCCAUGGUCAACUCGCUUGAUGAACAUGGUGGUGUUCUGGAGGGAAACUGGUCAGGAGACUAUUCAAUGGGAACGUCGCCAACAUUUUGGACUGGAAGUGUUGAAAUCCUGAAGGAAUACCAUAAAAAGAACGGCAGCCCUGUUAAGUAUGGCCAGUGCUGGAUUUUUGCUGGCGUAGUCACUACAGUUUUACGGUGUUUGGGCAUUCCCACUCGAACUGUGACCAACUUCAGCUCAGCCCAUGACACUGACGUCUCCUUGACGACAGAUAUAUAUCUGGAUGAGAACCUGGACCCUAUAGCUCAUCUCAAUGCGGACUCUAUCUGGAACUUCCAUGUGUGGAAUGACAGCUGGAUGACUCGUCCAGACUUACCUCCAGGCAUGGGAGGCUGGCAAGCUGUCGACGCCACGCCUCAGGAGACCAGCAUAGGCACCUACCGCUGUGGCCCUGCUUCUAUUGCUGCUGUCCGCAAUGGUCAGGUGUACCUCAAACAUGACUGUCCAUUCGUGUUUGCAGAGGUUAAUAGUGACAAAAUCUACUGGCAGAGGAACCUAGAUGGGACCUUCAAACAAAUCUUCAGUGAGAAAAAGGCUGUGGGCCAUUCCAUCAGCACCAAGGCUGUCGGCUCUGAUGAGCGUUUUGAUAUCACACACCUUUACAAACACCCUGAAGGCUCAGAGCAGGAACGCAUUGCUGUGGAGACAGCAUGUCGCUAUGGCUCCAAGUCAGAAGCCUAUUCCUCACCCACAGCAGAGGAUGUCUCUGUAAAAGUGACCAUGGAUGGUGAAGGUCCUAAAAUGGGAAGUGAUGCAGAGCUGACCAUCACAUUGCGAAACAGCAGCUCAGAGAAUCGUAAAGUCGCCUUGCACAGCCAAGCAGCGGUCAUGUACUACACCGGUGUGCACAAGGCAACUGUCAUUAAGGACAAAGCAGAUAUUGAUUUGCUGCCCAAUGAGGUUAAUGUUUUGGAGUGGAGCCUGAAGUAUAAAGACUACAAAGACGAACUGGUGGACCAGGCCGCCCUGAUGCUGACACUGUCAGGCAGGGUCAAAGAAACACAGCAGGUCCUGGCAACUCAGUUCAGUUUCCGACUGCGGACCCCAGACCUCAUCAUAAAACCCAUCGGGAAGGCUGUGGUAGGGAAGAAGAUGGCAGUAGAGAUUUCAUUUACAAACCCACUACCACAGGUCCUGAAAGCAGUGAUGUUUCAUGUGGAAGGACUGGGCCUUCUACCUGCUCGAAAGAUUAAUUAUGGGGAUAUUGGCAGCCGCGCUACUGUGUCUCUGACUGAGCACUUCGUCCCCACCCUGCCUGGGCCGAGGAAAUUACUGGCUUCGUUGGACUGCAAGCAGCUCACACAGGUGCAUGGUGUGACCAACAUCAUUACAGAGGCACUUUGA